UAAUUAAAAAAAAUAUUACGCAGUUGUUCUACUUAUAACGUUCUAGUUAAAUCGGUAAUAAAGCUAUGGGAAAGUUGUAUCAUUUUUUGUUUAGUUUAAAUAAGUUCACAUUUUAAUCGAAGGUCAAUAAAAUUAUCUGGCGAGAAAUUAGUUUAAUUCAAUAAAUAACUUUUAUGUCAAUUCAAGUAUAAAAUGUCAAUUGAUGUUUGUAAUGCAGUCGGCCUUGCGGUAGUUAAUAGUUUGACUGUCAAAACUUAUCGACAUUACUAAGAUGACUUUCGUAUAAAAAUCAAGGACUUUAAAAGUUAAAGCUCACUUAAACAAUAACAUAUGUUAUAAAUUGGUGUAUCGCUUGGCAACGGAGUCAUGAAAUUACGAAUCAUUUUGUCUCAGUUGAUUGUAUACCAAAGCUUGCAGUAGUGGUGUGUUACAGAUAACUUUGAGGUUAUGAUACGAUCAUCAACCACGUUGAAAAAAAUAAAACUCCAAUUAUUUAUUUUUAAUCGGUGAUGUUUAUAGUCACUAUUUCAGCUUAUAUAUUCACUUUUUGAAAUCUUAUUUUUAAACAAAAAAUCGAUUAAAAAUGGUGUUCGAAUCAAUUGUUACUGAGCUUCUCAACAAAAUCCUUGGAGAAUACAUCGAAAAUUUGGAUUAUAAACAAUUAAAACUCAGCUUAUGGGGAGGUGAUGUAGUUCUUAAUGAUUUAUUAAUUAAAGAAGGGGCCUUAGAUGUUCUUAAUUUACCAAUAAAAUUAGAAUAUGGUCGACUAGGUAAACUUGUAUUAAAAAUUCCUUUCAAAGAUAUGUGGAAUGGUCAAAUUGAUGCUAUUGUCGAAGAUUUAUUUCUGUUAGUCGUACCGACUAGCCAAGUAAAAUACGAUGCUGAAAAAGAAGAAAAAUUACAAUUAGAUGCUAAACGUGCUGAACUAGCACGAAUAGAAAAAAAUAAACAAUUGGCAGAUGCAAAAUUAACAGAAAAAUUAGAUGAAUCAAUGGUAGAAAAGUUAAUAGCAAGGAUGAUCAAAAAUAUUCAUGUUGAAAUUAAUCGUAUUCAUGUUAGAUAUGAAGAUCAUAUUACAUUCAAAGAGCAUCCAUUCUCAAUAGGAUUCUCAUUAAACCGAUUAGCUUUAGAGAGCUGUGAUAUGUCUUGGUUACCAACGGCAAAUCUUAAAGAUAUGUAUGCUAUUCCUCAAAUUUUUAAACUUCUUACUAUGGAUGGAUUUGCUAUUUAUUUAAAUCCAAAUUUGAUGCAAUUUAGUACUCAACCAUCCGCUAAUUAUAUAUCAUUAUUUUCUCGAACUAUUGCAACAACAGAUUUUGUUCCGAUAAAUCAUCAAUAUCUCUUGGGUCCAAUAAAUGUCAAAGCAAAAUUAAAAUUAAAUCCCAAACCUGAAACUGAUGGAAGUAAUUACGCAAUUCCGAAAGUUUGGUUGGAUUUGGAAAUGCAAAAAUUACGAAUUGGAUUAACUAAGCGCCAGUACCAAACUCUUCUACAACUUGGAGAAGGUUUAGAUCAAGCAACUAAAGCAGCACCUUAUCGAAAAUAUAGACCAGAUAUUUCAUCGUACCGUGGUCAUUAUAAGGAGUGGUGGAAAUUUGCUUAUACAUGCAUUUUAGAAGAGGAAGUACGAAGAUUAAAGAGAAAUUGGGAUUGGAGUCACAUGAAAGGACAUCGAGACCUUUGCCGCGAAUAUGCUCAGGUUUAUCAAUCUAAAUUAACUACAAAAAAAGUGACACCGUCUAUCGAAGAACGAUUAACACACUGUGAGAAAAAUUUAGAUCUCUUUAAUUUGGUUAUCAUUAGACAGCAAAUUGAAAUGGAAGUAGAGCGAUUAGCAGAAAAAGAAAAAAGUCUUAAGGCAAAACAAGGAUGGUUUGGAUUCUUAUGGGGAUCAUCUCAUGUUGAGGAAACAGAAGAAUUAAAUUCAGCUGCUGCGAUAAUGAAAAAAUUCGAAGAAGCAAUGACGCCAGCAGAAAAAGAAAAACUGUAUCGUGCUAUCGAUUAUCAAGAAAACUCUGCUCCGGCCCAUUAUCCAGAAACAUAUGAAAUGAUAGAUAUGACUUUUUAUCUUCAUGGAUUACAAGUGAUUAUUUGUGAUACUGAAAAAGAAUGCCCAGAUGUUUUAGAUAUUCAAUUUAAUGGUGUUAGAUCUUGCUUUAAAUCUCGACCAGCAGCUAAUGCCAUUUAUGUUGCAGCUUCAGUUAAUGAAAUGAAAGCUCUUGGUGUUAAGCAACAAGAACAAAUUCCUUUUUUAAUUAAAACUGACAGUAAAGAGCGGAAUGAUGUUCUAUUUUCUGUUAGCUAUGAAAAAAAUCCUUUGGACAAAAGCUGUGGGGAUCGAAUCAUUGUAAAAUCUCAAUCUGUUUGUUUUAUUUACGAUGCUCAAACAGUGAUAGAAUUAGUGAAGCUUUUUAAAAUCCAAAAUCAAUCUGCUUUAAAUCAAAUUUCAGCUGCAGCAGCUGAAAGAUUGGAAGGUUUGAAAGAAAUGUCAGCCCUAGGGUUAGAGUAUGCUAUUGAAAAACAUUCUCAGUUGGAUAUUCAAGUUCAUCUUGAAGCUUCUCAACUGGUUGUUCCUCGAACUGGAUUUUACACUGGAUCAGAAUCAGUAAUUGUUAUUAAUUUAGGUAGCUUAACAGUCCGUUCUUUAGAAAAACCAUCAAGUGAACUAGCGUCUACAUCAGUUAGACAGAUGGUGAGCAUGGGAAAAAGUGAAGAAGACAUUAUGACCCAUCUAAGACAACAUAGUUAUGAUAAAUUUGAAUUAAAAAUUGUAAAUUUCCAAGCUUUAGUAGCUUUUAAGGAUGAAAAUUGGAAGAAUGGAUUAUCAAUCAGUGGCAAUCCAAUGACAAUUCUCCAACCAACAACUCUAGAAAUUCAAUUCCACAAAUGUCUUGUUACUGAUGAUCCAGUUCUUCCUAAAAUGCGUGUUAUUGGAACAUUACCAUCAUUAUCAUUGAAUAUUCCAGAUGCCCGGCUACUCCAAGCUCUAGCUAUUGUUCAGAGUAUUCCAUUUCCAGAAGAAGAUGAGGCUGCUCUUGCUCCAAUGCCAUUAGCAAAAUCAAUGUCUCAGCUAUCGCUAAAUUAUGUCAAAGGAUUAAAAGCUAAAUCUUCUACUGAAUCGGCUGACUCUAAUGAUAGUAUUGCCAUUAAACAAACAACUGAUUUAGAAGCCAAAUUUGUGAUGGAAGAAUUUCAUUUAACAAUAUUUAGACAGACUGAAGAAAUAGUGGCACCAUUUUUAACAAUUCAAUUACUUCAACUAGAAGCAGAAAUGACCAAUAAAAGUUAUGAACAAGAAAUACUAUUGAGAUUAGGAGGAGUUAAAGUAACUCAAUACCACAAUGAUACAGAAAUUUUCAUGAUAAAUACUCCAAUGGCUUCAGGUCAUCAAGUUUAUUUGAUUGUAGUUCAAUUUGUGAGUGUCAAUAAACAUUCUCCAGAGUUUACUACUCGGCAUGGAUCAGUUAUGAAACUACUGAAUCUUGAAUUUACAACUUUAGAUGUAUUACUACAUCAAGAAGCUCUAAUCAACAUUUUGAAAUUUUCUAAUGAAGUUCAAGAUAAAAUGACUCCUCGACAAUCACUCGAUCAACCAAGAAUUGGACAAACUAGUACAAAAUUCUCACAAUUAACGACUAUUCAAGAAGAUACUUCUACUUUUAUCAAGGACCAAAUUCAAAAGACGAAAAAUAAGACUGAACGACAAAAAAAAUCAGUAGUCGAGUGCAUAGAUUUGAAAAUUAAAGCUAAAGUUGACACUAUUAGUUUAAAGAUGAGUAGUGAAUCCAGAGACAUUAGUGCUUUUUUUAUCAGAGGAAUCACUGCUGGAUAUAUUAUGAAAGUAUCCUAUUCACAAGCUAAUAUUACUUUGGCAUCAAUCAAUGUCAUGGAUUUAAAUCCGUCAUCGACUUAUAAAAAUAUCGUAUCUGUUGAGAGUUCUGAAUCUCUCCAAGUGCAAGCUGUCAUUUACAAUAUUGACCCCAGUGAGAUAAACAAACUUAAUAUGUCUAUUAAAAUCAAUAUGGGCUGUCAUAGAAUUGUUUUUCUAAACCUAUUUGUUAGCGGUGUUAUGAAUUUCCUUAAUAAUUUCCAAGCUGCUCAACAAGCGAUCGCUGAAGCAUCUGCAGCAGCAGCUGAAGUUGCCAAAACAAAUAUCAAAGAUGUUCAAGAAUCAGCAGCUAGAAUUGAGCUUUCGAUUAAUCUUAAAGCUCCCGUUAUUUAUGUUCCAUUGAAUUCCAAAAGUGAGCAUUGCUUAAUGCUUGACAUGGGUAAUUUAACUGUUUUUAAUAAUUUAAAGAGACUUACUAUCAAUGAUUCUGAUGAUUCUCCAAUCGUUGAUGAAAUGAGAGUGGAAUUACAAAAUCUAAAAAUGUCAAGAGUUCGGUUAAAUAUGGAAAAUUUUACUCAUGAAAAUGAAGUUUUGAUUCUUCAACCUGUCAGCUUUGCUUUAAUCAUAAAAAGAAAUUUGUCGACUGCAUGGUAUACUGCAAUUCCAGAUAUUGAAAUGUCAGGAAGAUUACAACAGAUUGAAGUUUUGAUGAGUAAAGAAGACUAUGCGAUGAUUUUAAAAGUACUUGAAGAAAAUUUAGGUGAAGCUAUAGAAGAUCCUCAAGUAACAAUGCCAGCAGUGCGCACAGAACGACAAAAAUCUAUUGACAGCCAAAGAAUUUCUGUCAAGCAUGAGAUUGAAGUUAUCAGAGAAGAUGAAAAAAGUCCAACACCAAAAACAACAAGAACUUCAAUUAAAUUUGAGUUUAUAAUGGACAGCUUUGUAAUUCAUCUUUUUGUUGGUGGAUCUAAGUUAUUGAAAAGCCAAUCGUCACCAUUGCAUUUACCAGAAAAUGGUUUAGCUAAAUUUGGAUUAACUUAUUUAGCUUUGAAAGGAACAGUUUUUGCUGAUGGAUUACUCGCUACAUCUAUUCUACUCAUGAAUUGUACACUAGAUGAUACUCGUCAAUCUCGUCAAGGCCAUCUUGUACGAAUCAUGCAGCGAAUAUCGCCAGUACCAUCAUUAGAAAAUCUUUCUAGUGAAAUUCAACAAAAAGAAAAAACUCGUAGCAUGUUAGAUGUAACAAUUCGUCAGGGUUCAAAUGAUACUUUUAUUGAUGUUCGAGUAUUCUCAUUUAGUAUAAUUGUGUCAGUAGAUUAUUUAAUGAAAAUAAAAGACUUCUUUGCCAUAGAACCUUCACAAUCAUCUGUAUCUCCAACAAUGCCUCAAAAAGGAAAUAAUGACAUUCCGAGAAGAAAAACUGCACCUCCACCCAAACAAACGAUGAUAACAGUAAAUUUACAUGUAGAAAAACCGGAUAUCAUUCUUUUAGAAGAUUUAGAUGAUAUCAACAGUAAUUGUAUUAUAUUAAAUACUGAGUUAAUAAUGAAAUUAAGAAUGAUUGGAGAACAUCAAGUAAUAAAUGGAUCUGUUAAAGAUUUUUCCAUUUUAACAGGCGUUCAUAAUCCUGAAAAACGAGCUGAAAGUAUUUAUCAAGUCUUGAAACCCUGCAGUCUUAGUAUUGCUGGCUCUACGCCUGAAAAUAAAGGUCUACAUGUUGAUGUUUGCUGUACAGAAAUUCACAUUUCAGUAUCUCCUGGUACUAUAGAAAUUCUUAAUCGAGUACUCCGUGGAGUAACAUCAAAAGAGCUUGAAGAGGGAGAAAUUGUCAAAUCAGAUCCAACUCAUGAAGGUUUAUGGUUAAUUACGCCUUACGAAGAAAACAAUUACUGGUUCCUUAAAACAGAAGUAGCUACUGAAGCUCUUGAAGAUUUUGUUUACACUGAUGCUGAAGUUUUGGCAUACAAACCAGAACUAGCAAUAGUUUCAGCACCAACGAUAUUAUUAACUUUAGAAGCUGGUAUUGGAAAUAAAACUCUUCCAAUGUUAAUGCUCCAUAUGGGCUUUCAAAGCAAUGUAAUCGAUUGGAGCACUAAAACUAUGAGCAUUGAUGCUACAAUGUCUUUAAUUAUAGCUUAUUACAAUAGCCGUUUAGCUUUGUGGGAACCUUUAAUAGAACCUAUUGAAGUAAUGAAAAAUAAUGAGAGGCACUCAAGUCCUUGGGAAUUAAAGACUAAAGUUCAAUUUCAUGAUUUAGCUCCAGAUUCUAGAGGUGCUAGUGCUAUUUCUCCUAGUUUAGAAAGUGAACCUGACGAUUUUCAUCAAUCUGCAAGAAUGUCAAUAGAUGUAGAAUCAUCAGAUAAUUUAGAAAUCACCGUAACAAAGACUUGUUUAGAGGUUUUGCAACAGUUAGGCAAUGCCUUUUCUAGUGCAAUGGAAAUGACUGAUAAAACUAGCAAAAAAUUAGCUCCUUACGUCUUGAAGAAUGAGACAGGCCUAAUGAUAGUGCUAGAUCUAGAGUCUAGUAAUUUUCAAGUUUUGGGGAAAAAUAUGGAACCAGUUCAGACAGGCUUAGGAUCUGAAGCAUACUCAGAGGUGAUUUUGGAUACCGGAGCUUCGAUUCAACUGGCUACAACGACUGAUAAAACGAGCAUUAAUAUUUUAGAACAAUUAAAAAAUGUUACUGUGAAAGAAGAAAGUGAUUAUAAAUUUGUUGUGAUGUUUCGAGGAAUACAAAAUAAAUUAGAAAUUCCAGUUUUGAGAGCUGACAAAAGAUUUUUCUCUCUCAAAUAUCGAAAAGAUGGCUCGGAAGAAUGGGGAAUAAUCUCAGAUGUUGUGGUAGAAAAUGGAAGCACUAUCGUAACUUUAAGGAGUGUUCUUCAAGUUCAUAAUCAUUUUAUGGAACCUAUUUCGGUUUAUUACAUGACAAAGACUGGAAAUGAAGUCGAAUGUGUUGGAGAAGUUGGACCUGAUGAAAAACUUAAUUUACCUUUAGAUGCUGUUUAUACACCAACAAAUAUUUAUUGGCUCUUUUUCAGUGUUAAUGGAUAUAUGGUAUCAGUAGAGCCAUUCAUUUGGAAGGAUCUGCAAAAAACAGUCAGCAUGACAAAACUUCUUAAAUGUGAAUCACGAGCCAAAGAGCCAAAAGAACCAUUUUACAUUCAGGCUGUUGGAGAAAUAGAACAGGUUUACUUCGAAAAUACAAUGAGACAUACAAUUUCCAGCACAAUUUACAAUAUACAUUUAUACCCAUCUGUUUACUUAAAAAAUUUUCUACCUAUUGACAUUAUAAUAAUUCUUCCUGGAACGGUUGAAGAAAAAUUGGUUAAAGCUAGUACUACAUUACAAAUGCCUACAAUUGAUUCUACUCAUUCGAAUAUCAUCAUAAAGUUACCACAAUAUUUAGAGAAAGACUGGUCAUGUAAAGGCGAAAUAGUGGCUAAUCCUCCAGAAUUUUCAGUAUGGUCAUUUGAAUCCUUCGAUAGCGCACAAAAAGUUGUCAUGGAUUUAGGAAUGCAUUGCUCCUUCUUUCAUGGAUCCGUUAUCAUGGCACUUUACUGUCCAUUUUGGAUGUUAAAUAAAACAGGAUUAAUGUUAUCAUAUCGAAAAUCGAGUAAAGGUGGAAAAGAGCCAAGUCCAAUCAAGAAACUUGCAUGUUUUCCAAUGCGUGGAAGUCGGGGCGCAAUGGGCCGGAGAAAAAGAAGAAAAGUGAGCUCCGAAGAUCACCUCAAUGUUAUUUAUCAUCCAGAGACGUACAAGGGACCAAUUCUAUUUUCCUUCCGGUCGAAGGCCUUCUUUGGAAAGAAAAAAGCUAUGGUAAGAAUUGAAGAUGGUGAUUGGUCAGAAAAAUUCCCAAUUGAUGUCGCAGGAAGUAAAGGAGUAGUUGUUUGUCGAUAUAAUGGAAUUGAUUAUCGACUCGGCGUACAUAAUCAGUUAACUUACAACUCUUUGACAAAACAAAUCACUUUUACUCCAUAUUUUGUAUUAAUAAACAAUGCAGACUUUUUAAUUGAAUGUCAAGAGGCAAACAGACCAGCUAGUCCAAUAGCUAAAAUUCCUCCGGGAGAAUGUAAAGCUUUUUGGCCAGAAUCUACUCAGGAACGUAAAAUGCUGAUCGCACGAGUAUCAGGCUAUCCUGAAAAAACAGCGCCUUUCAUCUUCACUGAGGUUCAUACAACUCUGUUAAAAUUAGACAAUAAAUAUGGUGGGAUCAAUGUUGAUAUUCAAAUCAAUGAAGGAGGUGUUUACGUAUCUCUUUCAGCAUAUUCUCCAGGAAAUGCUCCAGCUUUAAUUAUAAAUCAUACGUCACAGACGAUCGAUCUGUGGGAAAAAGGAUCAAUGAAUGUUCGGUCAUUACAAUCAUUUAAUCGAAUGUUUUAUACAUGGGAGAAUCCAUCAGGGCCGAAAAAAUUAAUUUGGGAAGAUAAUAAUAAGAAAGAGAUUGACAAUGAUUUGAGAAAAGAUCAUUUGGGAGCUUUUUGUCUUCCAGAAACUGAUGAAGAAGUCUACUAUGUAUCAUUUCUUGAUGGAGUUCAACGAGUUUUAUUGUUUACAAAUAGCUUAAAAAUUGCUGAAGAUUGUCAGCUAGUAGGAGACUUAGAAGUAAUUGAUCAAGAAAUAACCUUAAAUAUUCACGGAAUUGGAUUAUCAUUAGUUAAUAAUAUAAAUCAAGCAGAAUUAUUAUACCUAUGCAUUGCCAGCUCUGGAAUUAUUUGGGAAACUCGAAAAACUAUUGGAAGUCGCUGGAAACCUUUAGUAGAUCGGGAAGUUGCACUAAUUGAAGAUGGAUAUCAACGAUACAUCAAAGAAGCUCAAGUUGGUAAUGAUCCACCAUAUCGAAUCAUGUUGGACCAGAAGCUUUUAGUUGACUUUCAAAAUAUGGAAAUGUUACGACCACAUCGAAGAUAUAUGCGAAGAACUUUCCAGACUGGACUUUGGCUUCAAUAUAAAACUUCGGUGCAUCAAGUACAACUUCAUGCCAAAAUUAAUCGACUUCAAAUUGAUAAUCAAUUGUCUGAUUGUGUAUUUCCGGUCAUUCUUGCUCCUGUACCACCUCCUAAAAGUGUAGCUCAAAGCUCGGUGGUGAAACCAUUCGCAGAAAUGAGUAUAGUCAAGAGACUAUUAGAGCACAGUAGUGUCCAACAAUUUAGAUACUUUAAGGUUUUGGUUCAAGAAUUCCAUAUAAAAGUGGAUAUCGGUUUUAUUAAUGCUUUGAUGGCCUUUUUUGAAGCUAAUGAAGUGAGUGACGCUGAAGAAAGUAAACUCUUCUUGACUGACAUGAAGCUAGUAGAUGAACCAUUAAUAUAUCAUGUUAAUUUGAUUACUACAGCUGAGCAGAAAAAUUUCUUUGAUCUUUUACAUUUUUCUCCGCUGAAAAUUCACAUAAGUUUUUCGAUGACAGGCAGUGGAGGAGGACCAUCAGCAGUUCCACAAGUUUUAAAUGUUCUUCUACAAGGGAUUGGUGUUACAUUAACUGAUAUCAACGAUAUAGUGUUUAAAUUAGCUUACUUUGAAAGAGAUUAUAUUUUCAUGACGCACAAUCAACUUAUAUCCGAAGCAACAAGUCAUUAUGUUGGUCAAGCUAUUAAACAGCUUUAUGUACUAGUUCUUGGUCUUGAUGUCAUUGGUAAUCCUUACGGAUUAGUUGUAGGAACGAUGAAAGGUAUCGAAGAUUUAUUUUAUGAACCUUUCCAAGGUGCCAUUCAAGGUCCUGGAGAAUUUGCUGAAGGGUUAUUGCUUGGAGUACGAAGUAUGCUGGGACAUACAGUGGGAGGUAUGGCCGGAGCUGUAUCUAAAAUUACUGGAGCUAUGGGAAAAGGUUUAGCAGCAUUGACUUUCGAUGAAGAUUAUCAACGAAAACGACGCGAACAACUGAAUAAGCAACCUGCAAAUAUUCAGGAAGGUUUAGCACGGUCUGGAAAGGGUCUUGUUAUGGGAUUUGUUGAUGGUGUAACUGGUGUUGUCAUGAAACCUUAUUCCGGAGCUAAAGAAGAAGGUGUUGAAGGGUUCUUUAAAGGUUUUGGUAAAGGAGUUGUUGGAUUAGUAACAAGACCAACUGCUGGAGCGAUUGAUUUUGCCAGUGGAUCGUUCGGAGCUGUUAGAAGAGUAACAGAAAUGAGUGAAGAAGUUAAAAGAGUUCGACCUCCACGAUUUCUUCAACCUGAUAGUUUAGUGAGACCUUAUCUUCAUGCAGAAGCUGAAGGAAAUAAAAUUUUACAAGACUUAGAAAAAGGAAAAUAUGCUAAAACAGACGUGUAUUGUUACCAUGUUUUCAUUGGAAAGGAUGUAUUGUUAAUGACAGAUAAAAGGAUUGCAUAUAUCGAACAUAGUGAUCUUUUUGGAGGAUGGAAAGUUGAUUGGGGAUAUACUUGGCAGGAAAUUAUUCAUCCAGCUCAUAUUGUUGAUAGAGGAGUAGAAAUUAGAGUCAAGGAUUCUAGUAGAAAGAAAAAACUUGGAGGAUUAUUUGGAACCACAGAUCAUAUAAAAGUUGUGCUUAUUUCAGAACCUGUUGUUAGACAACAUGUUUUUAAUACUAUCCAAUCAUUACUAAGUCAACACAAAGUAUAAAGCUUAAAUAGAAAUUAACUUUUCUUGGAUAAUAGUAGAUCUCUUUAUAAUAUUCCUUCAAAAACAAUUUUUUUGAUAUUUACUAAAUUUAAAAAUUAAGUGAGUGAAUCAUUCUUAAAAAAGUAAGGUUUGGAUUUGGAAAAUUUCAAUUACUUUUUUAAUUUUUUAUUGGUUAAUCAUUAAAUCUAUAUUUUUUUUACUGGAGAUCUAAAAUCGAAUACCAUAAUAUUCACAAAAAAUUCCUAUCUAUAUACAUCGCAAUAUUGAUGAAAUAACAACAAAUAUUGACAUUUUCAAAUUAUACGUAAACAAAAAAAUAAUAACAUAUAAAGAGAAACAUAAUAAACAUAGAGAGAAAGUUAUAGGAUGACUAUAAAACGCUUUCUUAGUACAAUAUUAGUAUUCAACAGUACUAAACUUUUAAAUUAUCUAUGCACAGUUUUAUGUGCUUAAAUAAGCUUGUAAAUUAAUGUCAAGAGAAAAAUACUUAAAAUAAACAAACUGCGUAAAAAAAGUAAUGGUUUUGAAGCUUCGAAAAAAUGAGAAUUAUUGACAUAGGGAAAUAAUCAAAUUAUGCACCUACAAAUAAUUUUACUAGUCCGUACUAUCAAUCAGUUAUCUUUUUGUUACCACACAGACUUUGUAAAGCACAAAGAAUUUAUAUAUUUUUUCAUUGCAAGUUUACGCACAUUUUUGAUUUUUUACUGUUAAUAACAUUUAUUUGUACUAUUUCUUGUUCAAUUAAAUCAAUUUUUGUUACAAAUGUUUUCAUAAUAUACCACACAAAUGUUAACAAUACGUAUUUUUAUUACUAAUAAGAAAAUAAAUUUUUUAUAUGAUUAAUAUUCAUAAUAAUUCAUAAAAAGUUAUGAACUGUAAUUAUUCUUGAUUACUUAACUGAGGUAUUAUAAUUAUUGUUAGAAAAAUGAACAUUAAAUAAAAGCGAUAGCUUGUCCAAUAAAAAACUAUAAUAUUGCUAAGUUAAAUAAACGCUUCCAGUGAUUGUUCGAUUACGUACUACUUAUGUUUAAAAAAUUGCUUUAUAUUUCAGUGAUAUAAUUUUAUCGUACUUUAUUUGUAGUAAAAUAUUUGAAGAAAAAUUUAUAAAUCAUUUAA